AUGUGUAANUCUAACUCUCAUUUCACCCACCACAACGAUGUGAUGUUGCUCGGUGCACAAGACCACAACCAGGAUGACAAGAAGAUGCAAGUCACAGUGGCUUACAACCAUUUUGGUAAAGGACUCGUACAGAGGAUGCCUAGGAUCCGAUGGGGUUUCGUCCAUGUUGUCAACAAUGACUACACUCAUUGGGAGCUUUACGCGAUUGGAGGUAGCCAAGGUCCUACCAUUCUCAGCCAUGGAAACCGUUUCAUCGCUCCUCCUCACAAACAACAUUACAGAGAGGUGACAAAGAGGGAUUAUGCUCCAGAAGCUGAAUGGAAAAACUGGAACUGGAGAUCCGAGAAAGAUUAUUUCUUGAACGGAGCAUAUUUCAGACAAUCUGGAAAUCCUCAUUUCAAGUGCUCGCACUCAAGGCAACAGAUGAUAAAACCCAAACAUGGUGUGGCCGUUUCAAAGCUUACAAAAUACGCCGGAGCAUUGGAUUGUCGGGUCGGAAAAGCAUGCUAAUAUAUAUAACUCACUACUACCUUUUUCUCUUGUAUCCUAGGCCUUUCUAUAUAUAUAUAAGAAAUGAAAAACAAAAAUCAUGGGGUAAAAUUGGAAAUGGUUCUUAAGCUAUAAAAGUCUCUGUGUGUAAAGAAUAUAUGCGAACGGCAGGAUACUUUGUAACUUUAAUUUGUUUGUGUAUGUUUGGUUGUGUGCUCAUUAAUUUUUGCUUCUUUUUUUUUUUUGUGUGUUGCAAAUAUGAAACACCAAUGAAAAAAAAUCUA